AUGGUGCAUUCAUUGUGGACUAUACGUCCUUCGACGAUGGGGUUUGAUGCACUAGAUUUGUAUGUUUGUCAUCCCCAUUUGUUCACGAUUGAACUUCGCCAUGGUGGGAAGUUCACACCUUUUCCAAAUGUAAGAUAUGUUAAGGGGAAACUUACGUAUAUUGAUUUAGUUUAUAUAGAUGAGUUUUCAGUGCAUGAACUCGACGCUAUGAUGCUAGAACUAGGAUAUGUGGUUCCCCCAGUAAUAUAUUAUCACUUCAGGAUUCCCAAUGAAGACUUGAUUUUUGGCCUUAGAGCUCUAGGUAAUGUUCAAGAUGUGUGUAACCUAGCUAAAUAUACUGGAGCAAACAAGGUGAUCCAGGUGUAUACUGAGCAUGGCACAACCAACUUGGUUACAUACUUCAUGUCACCAAAUAAGAGAAAUGGUGUUGUCAUUGAAGAACUAAACGAAGAAGAUGAAGUGGCAAUUGAACCAAAACAAAGAAAACAAAAACUAUUUCAUGAUCCCCAACAUGAAAGUUGUAGUUCAUCAUUACCACUUGUGGUUUAUGGAGGUGAAUCAAAAUCACUUUCGCCAGAAAUGAGGAGAACAAGAAAUUGGAAGCCAAGAGAGGGUACUAGGUCAUGUUCUAAGAGGUUAUACAGGGAAACUGAAAUUGGGGAUAAUCAAGACAAGGAAGCACUAUCAAGUGAAAUCACGGAUAAGCAAGACAAGGAAGCACCAUCAAGUGUGACAAGAGAUAAUCAAGACAAGGAAGCAUCAUCAAGUGUGACAAGAGAUAGUCAAGACAAGGAAGUACAACAAAAACAUGAGCUUGAUGCAGCAACUGUGUAUUUACCAAUUGGUUUAUCUGAAAUGUUGAAUGUAAACUUUGAUCCAUUUGAAGGGUUACAUGAUAGUGAAAACAACAACAGAACAGACCCUACAAAAAACCACCUUGGUAGUGAAUAUCAAGACUUUGAUCAAGAUAAUGGAGGUUUAUUUGAUGGUCAAGCAAACGAGUUCAAUUCAGAAAAGGGUGAAGAUGAUUAUAGUGAUGAUGAUAGUGAUCCUGAUAGUCAUUCUGAUAGUGAUGUUAUAGUAGAUGUAGACAAUGAAGUUAAUGACAUUGAUGUUGACAUGAGUGACUUUAGAAUGAACAUUGAUGAAGGUGUGGAGUAUUCAGGGUUUGGGUUUAAGAAUGAUGUAGAAGAAGAACAAGACACAUAUGAAGAAGAAGACCUUGAAGUAACUGAUUGUGAUGGAUGGGAGUCAUUAGGAGAAGACUCUGAUAGUGAAAAGAACAGGAGGGUUCUAUUAAAGUGA